AUGCUAGCUCGGUGCUCUUCGCAGGUCUUGGACACGGGAAUUCCCCUCCCAGACUUAUCCGAGUGUUCGGACACUGAGUUUGUAUCUAUGUCUCCAAGUCCAAUGCCUUUGGCAAGACAAAAAUCAUGUGAUUUUGGCUCUUCAAUGAGCUCAAGUCCAUGCCAAACAAUUACACCACAGCAACUUGUAGACCUUAUUACAGAUCCUCAAGCAGCCGGUUUUGAUCAAGUUAUCAUCAUUGACGCACGAUUUGAGUACGAAUAUCGCGGUGGACGUAUCAUUGGAGCCAGAAAUGUUCGUUCUAAAUCUCAGCUCUACGGUAUUUAUGAAAGAUACUUGAACAAGAAAAAUUGUAUUGUUUUUCAUUGUGAAUUCUCUCAGAAUCGUGGACCAACACUCCUGAGAUUGUUCCGUGAAUAUGACAGACAUCAUAACGAAUACCCUAAUCUCUCAUAUCCAGACGUCUAUUUGUUGGAAGGUGGAUAUUGCCACUUUUACGAUCAGAUGCCUGAAUUUUGUGUUGGAGGUUAUAUACCAAUGCGCGAUGAAACUUACGUGAACAAUGGCGAACUUAGGAGAAGCCAUUCCUUUUUCUUAAAAGAAAUGCUUUCUCAGAAGAAGUCCAUUCGCCCACCACGUCUCUUGACUCGCUGCAACUCACAGACUAUAGAAAACUGGUCGGUUUUCGCUGAUGUUGCAUCAGCUACUCUUCCAUCAAUCGCUUCCCAAUCCGAUGCAUCUGUAGAGUUUAUUCCAUUUACUUCAUCACAAAUAUACUAA